AUGAAAGGACUUUUGAAUGAAGAAAAGGAAUGGGAUAAUGUUAGUUGUGCCAAGGUAGAAGGUCCAGGGUCUAAAUUUGGCAAGGACGAGAUAAAGAGAGCAGUGAAAAAGAUGAAAAAAGGGACGGCAUCUGGUUUAACGAUGGUGUUAUCAGAGAUGUUUAAAGGUUCUGAUGAUUUAGGGAUUGAAUGGUUAAUGAAUUUAGCCAAUCAAAUUGUCACAGAAGGAACUAUUCCCGAGGACUUGCAAAGAAGUAUAAUUAUCCCAGUAUACAAGGGGAAAGGUGAUCCUUUAGAUUGCGGGUCUUACAGAGCUAUUAAACUCUUGGAACAAGCAAUGAAAUUAUUUGAGAGAGUGUUAGAGAAGCGGAUAAGGGAACAAAUUAAAAUUGAUGAAAUGCAGUUUUGUUUUAUAUCGGGAAAAGGGCAAUUUUUGUAG